CACAGAUUAGAGCUGAAUCUGUGAGGCAGCCGCAGUUCUCUCUCCGCUACAGAAAAAUGCUUGAAAUUCUGCUCGGUAUACCGCUGAUUGUGCUCCUCUGCUAUGUCCUGCUGCGGCGUCUCAAUCGCAGGUACUUUGUACUGAGUCUAUGCAAACGAUUCCAAACAGAGGAUGGCAGUGCGCUGGAGAGUAAAAUAGCUGUAAUGCCGGGUCGGACGCGGUUCGGCAAUAAUUUUGAUCUGCUCAACUUUACGCCGUCUACUGUGUUCAAUUUUAUGCGCGAUUCGUGUGCCAAUGCCCGGGGACGCAACUAUUUGUGGUACUUCUUCCUCGUGCCCAUGUACAAUGUGAUUAGAGCCGAGGAGGCCGAGGAGAUAUUCCAGAGCACCAAGCUAUUGACAAAGAACGUUGUUUAUGAUCUACUUCGACCCUUCCUGGGCGAAGGUCUGCUGACCAGCACAGAUCAAAAAUGGCACGCCAGACGCAAGGCUUUGACUCCUGCCUUUCAUUUCAAUGUGCUGCAAUCCUUUUUGACCAUUUUCAAGGAAGAGUGCCACAAGCUGGUCAAAGUGCUGCAUGAGAGUGUGGAGGCCGAGGUGUUGGUGCUGAAUCAAGUCAUUCCGCAGUUCACUUUGAAUAAUAUUUGCGAAACCGCUCUUGGCGUCAAGCUGGAUGACAUGGCCGAGGGCUACCAAUAUCGCGAAUCGAUCCAUGCCAUCGAAGCGGUCAUCCUGCAACGCAUUUGCAAUCCUUUUCUGUACAAUCGUUUGUACUUUUAUCUCUACGGCGACUAUCGCAAGCACGUAGACAACCUAAAGAUAGCCCACGACUUCUCCAGCAGCAUCAUCGAGCGCAGGCGGCGGGAUUUCAAGCGCAAGGAACUCGGAGUUGUGGAUGAUUUUGGCAAGAAGCAGCGGUAUGCCAUGCUGGACACGCUCCUGGCGGCUGAAGCUGAUGGACAGAUCGAUCAUCAGGGCAUAUGCGAUGAGGUGAACACCUUCAUGUUCGAGGGAUACGACACCACCUCCACGUGCCUCAUCUUCACUCUGCUGAUGUUGGCCCUGCAUGAAGAUGUACAGGAGAAAUGCCUGGAGGAGGUGUCUGGGCUCCCCGAGGACACGGAUUCCAUCAGCGUGUUUGAGUUCAAUGAACUUGUGUUCCUCGAGUGUGCCAUCAAGGAAUCCCUGCGCAUGUUUCCCUCGGUUCCCUUCAUUGGCCGUCAGUGCAUGGAGGAGUGUGUUGUGAAUGGACUGGUCAUGCCGAAGGAUACACAAAUCAACAUUCACAUCUACGACAUUAUGAGGGAUCUACGACACUUUCCCAACCCAAAUGAAUAUCAACCAGAGAGAUUCCUGCCCGAGAACACAGUGGAUCGACAUCCCUUCGCCUUUGUGCCCUUCAGUGCCGGACAAAGGAACUGCAUUGGGCAAAAGUUUGCCAUCCUGGAGAUGAAAGUUCUGCUGGUCGCAGUUUUAAGGAACUUUAAGAUUCUACCCGUAACUCGAUUGGAGGAUCUAACAAUUGAGAAUGGCAUAGUGUUGAGAACACAGCAAAAGGUGAAAGUUCAAUUGGUGAAGCGGGUGGAAUAAAAAUGUUGUUAUGAA